CUCCGUAUUAGCCUCUAUGACCUAACCUUAGUACCUGAACUUGGACUUGUACAAUCACUCAUCAUGAACACUACCACUCACCGAAAUGUUGCAUCGGUGCACAUACACUGGUGCUUCCCGUCUCCCCGCAUGCUUCACGGAAACCUAUCAGCAAAAGGGGCUCGAUUGAGAAGGCAUUGAAUUCGCUACUAUUAUUGGCAAUAAUCCAAGUCGACAAUCAAUUCGGCCCCGAACUACGGAUAGCUAAUGGCGAGUAGUUCCGUUCUGAGAGAUGUCUAGAGAUAAAGACCUUCUCUAAUUGGAAGGGUACCCUGCUCUGUCCUGCUGCCGAGCAUAGCCUAAAUAACGACGGCUUGGAGCCAAGCAGCGCGCGAGAUUCACUUCAUUUGAGUCAGACGAUUCCGAUGGAUCGACAUUGCAAAUCCUAUACAGGGGCUACUAUUGAUACAGAGUCUUACAUACAAAUGAGCAGAUCACCAAAACACGAGAAUAUCAGUCAAUUCACUGUCUGUUGACUUGAUGCCAACUGACGCUUCAUCGCAGAGUACGGAUACAGCCCAUCAAAAGCUGGAAAGGCUAGAGCAUCUCAGGCAAGACAAACUACCGUGCGAUGUGACGGUGAAUACGAAGUGCAAUUAUAAGAUUGAGGUUCCGAUAUCAAGCCUAGCUGCUUCGACCAGCGAGAACCCGACCACCGACUGACAAGCUUUUGCCCCGGCUUUCUCGGAUUACUAUAUCUAUUAAUUCCCCGCAUAUGGAGGCUGCAAGAUAUCUAUUGUGCCGACAGGGGAGCCUUUUGAGACAGGAGCUUCUGGCCCUGUUGCCAAUACGAGGCAGCUGUUAAUUACGCAAAGGCUCAGACUGAGAGAAAGUGACGACAAGGUGACUCGUUGAGCGUCACUAAAACAAAUAGAACGCUUGAACGGAAACCCCUGGGUCCACAAGCGCGAAGCCACCUCCGCUAGGGUAAAUUGGGGGACCAUGGCUAGCAUGGCAGAUGCAGGAACAAUCUCUUGACCCCACUCGCCGACGAACCGACUGAUUCGAAUUUCGAACAGAGUCAAGAACCGGCAUGACAUGAGGAUUGUUGUAUAGAUGAAAUUUGUGAAGCAAGAUACCGCGAUAGCCGGGGCGCUACCCUUGGAAGCGACUCUACUUUGGAGAUGCAAAAAAACUAGUCUAAGCAUGAUGCGUAACUUGAAAACUAUCUCCCGCACGGGUUCACAUCAAUCGCGCAUCUCAAUCGAUGUCAACUCAUCUCGAUUCCCCUUGUGAAUAAUCAAGUGACCAACCAACGGUCAUAGAAGCCUCGUCCUUGGACUAAUAUCGCUUCUUAUUCACCACAGGUUCUCGCGACAGAGGCAACCCUGACCGCUUAGCUAGCUGAUUGGUCUCGAACACUCGACCCCCCUAAACCACCUUAUUUGGGAGAGGCAUGGCAUCGACAACGUGAGCAAAUGCCCCUUGGGCUGGUUGAACCCACGAGAUUGCAUCGUGCCCCGUGCUCCACAAACUUCUCCUUUUCGUCCAUAACCCCGGCCAAAUGCUGGGGUUUCUAGCGCUGUCAAGGCAAUGAUAGACAUAUUGCACCAACAAUGGUCCACGUUUGGGACUGGGCGACUAGCACCCCAGUUCAUUUCAUGAGGCACAGGGCACAUGAGGACAGGCCAGGGACAGACGGGUACCUGAGUUUUGGCCUCCAAACGCCGCUAUCGUGCAUCAUCUCAGGUACCAUCUCAACCGCUAUUCUCGACUAGGGCCAUCCUUUGUCAAUGCCAUGACCCUCUGGGCACUGCAGCCAAGGCAAAACAGACCGGGUUGCAGGUAGAGGCAAUAACAGUUGAUCUGCUCAUAAUAUGCCGCUCUCCUCUUCUUUUCUCUGAUUUUUCUUUUCCCUCACGGUUCCAUCCUUCGCGAAUCUAGAGAGCAUCUCGUUAAUUUUCGCUUUCGUCCUCUCGUUUUCCUCUAUUCCAUUAACCGCUUCACUCUUUUAGCGGGCAUUCGUUUCCUACGCCAACUACAAACUCUUACAUUUACGUACAGUACUUGACAUUUCGGAGCUUUUUUUCAAUAUGAAGGGAGGACUUGCUGCUGCCGCCGUUGCGGCCAUGGCUACCGGUGCUCAGGCCGCUUACCCUCACCACCGCCGGGCUCAUGAGAUGUUCCGACGUGGUGGAGAGGUCUGCGUUCCUACCUGCACCACCAUCUGGACCACUUACUAUGGCGAGCCUACUCUUGUCCCCAACCCUCCUUCUGCCCCCAAGCCCACCAAGGAGGCCGUCACCACUCAUGAGGCUGUCAAGCCCAAGCCCACCACCGUUCAUGAGGUUCCUACCUAUGAGGCUCCCAAGCCUGUUGCUCCCACCACCACCAAGGUCGUCCCGGUCAUCCCCGUCCCGACUCCGGAGGAGUACAAGUGCCCUACUCCCGGUACUUACACUUUCCCUGCCACCACUAUGACCGUCACCGAGUCCACCACCGUUUGCGUUGGCGAGACCACCAAGGUCCCCGCUGGAACCCACACCAUGGGAGGUGUCACCACCAUCGUUGAGACUGCAACCACAGUCACUUGCCCCUACGCCAAGGAGACCGAGCACGAGGGUGUCGUUACCAGUGUCAUUGAGACCACCACAUAUGUCUGCCCAUCUGCUGGCACUUACACCAUUGCUCCUAUCACCAAGACCUGCGAGGAGGAGACCGUCAUCGUCUACCCUGUCCCUACCAGCUACGCUCCUGGUACUUACACCGCCCCUGAGCAGGUCGUUACUGUCACCGAGACCGACUACGUGUAUGUCUGCCCUUACUCUCAGUCCGGUGUUCCCGCCACCACCAAGGUUCCCGAGGCCCCUAAGCCCCAGCCUCCCAAGGAGACUAAGCCUGUCUACGAGGCUCCUAAGUCCCAGCCCGAGGUCACCAAGCAGGAGCAGCCUACCAAGCCUGUUUAUGAGGCUCCCAGCAAGGUCCCCGAGACUCCUGCUUCCACCAAGCCCUCCUAUGAGAAGCCCUCCGAGGCUCCUAAGCCCAAGACCCCCAAGAAGCCUUCCAGCCCUGGAAACCUGAAGGGUGGAAACGACCACUACGGUAUUACCUACACUCCCUACGUCGCCUCUACCGGCAAGUGCAAGGGUGCCGACCAGGUUGACAAGGACAUUGCUGCCCUCAAGGAGGCUGGUUUCCAGAUCAUUCGAUCUUACUCUACUGACUGCGAUACACUCGAGACUGUUGCCCCCGCCUGUAAGAAGCACGGCAUUGACAUGAUCGUCGGUGUUUUCGUCAAGGCCUCUGGCUGCACUUACGAAACCCCCGAUAUCAAGGCUCAGGUCGACGCCUACGCCGAGUGGGCUCAGUGGGACCAGGUCAAGCUCUUCACUGUUGGUAACGAGGCUAUCAUGAACAAGUUCUGUUCUCCCCAGCAGCUUAAGGAGCUCGUCACUGUCGUCAAGGAGAAGUGCUCCGGUUACACCGGUCCUUACACCAUCGCCGAGACCCUCGACAUCUGGGAGCGCGAGGAUGUUCAGGGAACUAUCUGCGGUAUUGUUGAUGUCACCGGUGCCAACAUCCACCCUUACUUCAACGCUGAAACCACCGCUGACAUGGCUGGUGAGUUCGUCGCUGGUCAACUUGAGAUCCUCCGUGGUAUCUGCAAGGGCAACGAUGUCAUCAACCUGGAGUGUGGCUGGCCCUCAAGCGGUAACUGCAACGGCGUUGCCUGCCCUGGCAAGUCUGAGCAGGCCAAGGCUAUCAAGUCCAUCCGUGAGAGCUGUGGUGACAAGACCGUCUUCUUCUCCUUCGAGGAUGAUCUCUGGAAGGAGCCCGGUGCUUGCAACUGUGAGCGAAGCUGGGGUUGCGGCUCUUCUUUCACCGGCUACUAAGCAGUUCUGGAUAACUUCAGUUCUGAUUGCAGCGUGCCCAAGCGUCCUCUGUACGAUUCAACCUUCGGAGCAUGCUGAAUGUUGUACAUAAUCAUGACCAACACCGCCCGGCCACUCACUUCUUCUUUCUUCCUCAUGCAACCCUCUUCUCUUUUUCUCGCCACCGUCCAUGCGGUGAUUCACAUCAUUGACAUCCAACAAGAGCCUUCGGGAAUGGAGUCCGAAAGCCGACGGUCUUCUCUCUCUCUCUCUGGCCAACUCCAGACAUCCGCCUCAGGGGGCAAUGCAUUGUUGCGCACGUGCAUGCGUGCAAUAGAUUGAGGGAGACGAAUCUGGUCGGGCGGUCGAGGACGACCUUCUUGAUGAAUACUGUUUUUCUUCCACUGUUCAAACGACAUGUGAACUCUUGUUACUAUGUCAUCUUUCCAUAUGUGUUAUUUGCGGCAGCACUUCUUUACGGUAGACGCGUCUUUAAGGCUCUUGAGCGACGGGGUAAGCGAAAGCCUUUUCUUGGGAGAAAGAUGAUCUGUAUGUAUGAUCUAUACUAUAGCCGGGUUGUCAUUCAGCCUCUGCUUCAUAAUGCUGUAAUUCACUAGUAUAUCUUCACUCGCCAUUGUGCUAUGUCUCGUGAGCUAUCGUAUACAAAAUCCUUUCCUAAGCCGUCUCGUCCUUGUAUCGCCUGGUGACCAACUCCCCCACGCAACUGAACAC